AUGAGCGUUCAGCGGCCGUUCAGAGCUACAGAUCUAUUCAAGUUCAACCACAUUAAUUUAGACCUUUGGACUGAGACAUAUGGUAUCAGUUUUUAUCUUAACUACCUCUCGAGGUGGCCAGACCUCUGUUCAGUACAGGAGACACCUGAUGGACGGAUGAUGGGAUACAUGAUUGCAAAAGCCGAAGGGCAAGCCACCGAGUGGCACGGACACAUCACUGCGCUCUCUGUCGCGCCAGAAUAUCGCCGGCUCUCACUCGCCCGCAAAAUGAUCGAACAGCUCGAGCAUGUAUCUGAUGAAAGCUACCACGGGUUCUUUGUUGACCUCUACGUCCGCUGUACCAACAUCGUUGCUAUCAACAUGUACGAAGGUUUCGGUUACAGUGUGUAUCGCCGUGUGAGAGAGUACUAUGGUAGUUUGGGGCUCGGACGGAAUUCAAAGGACGAAGAGGAUGCAUUCGAUAUGCGGAAGCCGCUUUCAAGAGACCCAAUGCGUCGCUCUGUGCGGAGCAAUGGGCGAGAAUUUAUUGUCAGCGCUCACGAUGUGUCCUGA